UGUCUAUGUUAAGCAAAGGUUACGUCACUAGCAUUACGUCAUGAUCGUUAUGGCGAUCGGGAACAAGAUAAAGAGUAACAUUUCAUUGUAUUAUUACUCGAAUCCAUAUUUAGAAUCGUUCAAUCAGAUUUCGAUUGUACUUCUCUCACUUGAAAAAAAUAAAAUGGAUUUUCUGAAGACAUAAGAAAAAAAGAAGUUAUUUGAUACAUCUAUAAUAAAAAAAAAAGAAACAGAUAGGCAGCUUUCUUGUAUAAAAAUGGAACAUUUAAAUGAGAAAAAGUUCUCAAAGUAAUGAAGGGUUUUAAAUUAGGAACUAAGUUGAUGUGCUAACAUAAAUAAUGGCAUACUAUAUUCAAUCAUCAGAUCAUCCUGUUCAUCUUUCAGGAAUAUCUGAGAAUGUUAAAUCACAAAAUAUACUGCCUUCAUUUACUACAUAUUCUUAUUCUCCCAUUCAAUCAACACUGCCACAGUAUGGAUAUAAACAUCCAUCAACAAGCACAAUUGAUUCACUGCCACAUAGGGAGAUUACAGAUCCUAAUUUAUCAUUUUCAUCAGGUUGUAGAAACAAACAGUCUGUUUUGAGAAAUAAUUUCUAUGCAAAUUCAGAUUUUGUAUUUUCCGUCCCUCAAUCUAUAAACUAUAAUUCAGAGAGUAACAACAUUCAAACAUUUCAGAAUUCAUCGUUGACACCAUUAACAUUACAUCAGGGGCAGUCUCAGCAUAAUGAAAAUUUCCAUAUAAAAAACCCUUCAUAUCUUGAUCAUAACUAUUGGAAAAUACCUUCUAAACAAAAUUAUGAUAUGGGUCAAUUAGAGCAGAUUGAAUAUAAUAAAAAUAAAAGAAAUUUUAUUCAAGAAGAAAGUAUUAAUCCUACAUUACAUACAAUUAAUACCAGUACUAAUUUUAUGCAUCCAAAUAAUAUGUCUUAUAACAGCAUUUCUCCUUAUUCUACAGAAAAAUGGCAAGACCAUUCAAAACUAAUGUAUGAUUAUUAUUCUUUUCCACAUAGUUAUUAUGAUCCUUUUAAACCAGAACAAAAAGUAUCUGAAUCAUCUAAUUUAAGUAAUCAAAAUUUAACUUCAUUUUCUCCUCAACAUUUAUUGUAUUCAGAAUCACAUAAAAUGAAAUUACAGCAAAGAAUUCCUUUGUCCACUUCAUCUAAUUUUUCUUCUUCCAAGAAUUUAUUCCAAUCUACUCAAAGUUUAUUGGAUCAUUCAAAAACUACAGUGAAAUGUAUUUCUACAAGUUCAAAUCAAACAACUGAUUCAAAUUCAUUAUUUAUGUCAAAAUCAAAUCAAAUUCCAAAUUAUUCUGUUCAGUUCUCAGAUACAUUUAAAAAUUUUUCAAAUUCAGAACCAAUGUGUCUAGUUUCAUCAUCAUUAAAAAAUUCAGAAACUAAUACAGUUUCAGAUCAUUAUACAAAAUCUGUUACAGAUGUUAAAAAUGAAUCACAUCUCAAUCAAGAUAUAAAAGACAAAUGUUCAUCAAAUGAAAAUAUAAAUUCUCUUAAAGAUACUGUGCUGAAAACUCCUGUUGAAAGUUCCUUUGAGCCCUUAUCAGAUUCCAAAAAUAAAGCUGCAGAAAACAAUACAAUUGUAUCUAAUUCUGAUAAUUCUUUUACACCGAUUGAACAAAGUUUGACAUGUGAAAAUGAGUCAGAACGACAAGAACGUCUAAAAAAUAAUAUUAAGGUUGAGGUGCCUCAGUGUGGUUGUUUUGGAAAUGAAGAAAUUCCUUCUGAAAAAGCUCCUUAUUAUACACAUCUAGGUACUGGUCCAUCUGUAAGUGCUAUUCGCAAGUUAAUGGAAGAAAGGUCAGGAGAACAUGGAAAUGCUAUAAGAAUUGAAAAAUUAAGAUAUACUGGCAAGGAAGGAAAAACUUCUCAAGGAUGCCCUAUGGCAAAGUGGAUAAUAAGGCGAUCAGGAGUGGAAGAGAAGAUUUUGACUAUAAUUCGGCAUCGACCUGGACAUAAAUGCGCUACAGCAUAUAUUAUAAUUGCAAUUGUGGUUUGGGAAGGUGUGCCAUUAAAAAUGGCUAAUGAGUUAUAUAAAACUGUUGUUUAUAAAACUGUUAAUUUUGGAAUUCCUACACAAAGACGAUGUGCUAUGAAUGAACAGAGGACAUGUGCUUGUCAGGGAUUAGAUCCUGAUGGUUGUGGUGCUUCAUUUUCAUUUGGUUGCUCUUGGAGUAUGUAUUAUAAUGGCUGUAAAUUUGCCAGAAGCAAAGUUGCAAGAAAAUUUAAACUUUCUGAGCCACAAGAGGAACAGGAACUUGAAGAUAAACUUCAGACUUUAGCUACUCAUGUCAGUCCAUUAUAUAAGAAAGUUGCACCAGAUUCAUAUAAUAAUCAGGUUGUUACAUUGACAAAACAUCAAGGCUGGCACAAACCUGACAAUGAACAAUUGCAUGUACUUCCACUUUACAUUUUAGAUGAGACAGAUGAAUUUGGAAGUAGAGAAGGUCAGAACUUAAAAAUAAAAAAUGGUGCCAUAGAAGUUCUUCAUAAAUAUCCAUUGGAAUUACGAAUUAGAACUACACCUCUAGGACCAUGCAGAAAACGCAUCAGAAAAUCAAAAGCUGGAGCUAAUACUGCAUUAUAUAUCAGAAAAGAAAUCAAACAAAAACAAUAUUAUAGAAAUUUGCAAAAAAAGAAUUCUAUUUCGUUUAGAUCUGGAUUAACAAAUAGAAAAAAAUGGAUCUCAUUUAAAACGAGUAAGAGUUAUAACAAAGUUUUUUCUUCUGGAGUAAAAACUCUUAAUCAGUUUAAUAUACAAGCUAAUAAUAAUCAUUUGUUUGAAAAUAUUAAACCUGAUUAUGAAAAUUUUCAUGAUAAAAUUAAAAAGGAAGAUGAACAAUCUUACCAAAAUUGUAUCGAUGCGUUUCCUAAUACUUCUAAAUUACAUAUAAAAAAUAAUAUCAAAAUUGAAAUGGAAAAUAAUUUCAAACAAGAGCAGGAAUGUUCUAGUAAAAUAUAUAGAAUUAAAAAUUCAGAAAUUCAACCUGUAAAUACAUCUGACUUUAAUAUAGUUAGAGAGUCUUUGUCAGGUAGAAAGCAGUUAGAUAAUAAAACUGAUAGUAAGGAAGUAUCAUCUACACAACCAUUUAAUAUUAGUAGUCCACAUUAUUUGCAGAAAACUGCCAUUAAUUCAUCAAAAUGUGAUUUUAAUAAUUUAUAUUUAAAUAAAAGUUUGAAUCAAGAUGAAAUUAUUCAUUCUUCAUCAUAUUUAAAUUCCUCAUCACUGCCAUCCCAUGACAGCCAUUACCAAAAUGGAAUUCAUUUGCCAUUACAAUCAUCACAGCCAAUAUCAUCAUCAUUGUCAUCCUCAUCAAAUUGUACAGAUAAUUUUACAAAUUAUGUAACUAAAAAAGAACUACAGGAAAAAGUCUUGAAAGAAUCCUCAGCAUACACAGAAAAAUUAUUUGGCUUGCAUUCAAAUUAUCCAUUUGAAUCCAUUUUAUCCUCCAGUCCUUCUGUUUCAUGUCAUAAAGAAAUUAAUUCAGUAGGACUUCAGAAAAGUUUUACAAGUAAUGAUAAUGCUUGUAAUUCAGAUGUACAGAGUUAUUCAAGAUCAGUUAUUCAAGAUAAUAAAUCAUUAACACUUCACAGUUUCAAAAAACAAUCAUUUGAAAAUGUAUCUGAAUAUAAAGCAGAUCAUAGUAAUAUAAAUCAAAAUAAUUCAUCUUCUGUAAAUAUAAAUAGUAAUAAUGAAUUUAUAAAUAAACCAAAAUAUUCUGUAUCAGAACACAAUACAGUAUGUUCUCAAAAUAAUCUAAAUUAUUUUAAUAGUAAAACCUUAGAAAAUGAGAAUUUUAAAGAACUGCAUAACAAAAAUUUAUCGUGGAAUAACCCAUCACAAUCUUUUGAUGGUAAUAACUGCCAGACUGGUGAAAAUAUGUUAUCAGAAAAGCAGUUAUAUAACAGGAAAUCUCAGUAUAUAUCAUCUUCAGUUAAUGUUGCUCAAUCCAUAAUGACACAUGAUAACAUGACUUCUACAUCACUGCCAUAUAACUGUACAAUUUCAUCUAAGUCUGAUGAUAACAAGUCAUACGAUCUAGUCUCAAACUCUCCAGUAAAUGCUAAAAGAUCAGCAACACCAUAUUUAAAAAAUCAUUAUGUAAAUAAUUGUACAGAAUCAUUGUCAUUAACUAAUAAAUGUCCAUCAUAUGCCAUAUCUAAUUCUGGCUUCCACUUACCAUCAGAUUAUCCAAAUCAGAUAAGUCAAGGUAAAGAAUAUACAGUAAAUUCACAGUGGAAUGUAAAAUCAAUUUGUUUAUCAAAUGAAAAAUCUGAUAAAAUAAUUAAAAUGCAGUUAGCAAAAAAUGCAUUGAAAGAAAAAGUGUGUAAAUCACUUAAACUUUCUCAGUCAUUAAAAAUUGAUCCUCAACAAAAUAAUAAUUCUGAUGAUAAUGUUCCAUUAAAUUUUUCUACUAAGACAAAUCUCUGCCAACAACCAGCAAUUGAAUAUUCUAAAAAAAAUAAAAAUAUUUUUCCAGUUUGUAAAUAUCCUAAGAAGUCUUAUUUAAGUAGUUUUUAUUCAGAAAUUGAACCAAUAAAUAUGACAAAGUCAAAAACUUCUUCAGAUUCACAAAGUGAUAACCAUACUUCAAAUUUAUCUACUAAUCAGCAUUGCCAAAAUGCAUAUUUUCAAUCUCAGAAUUCAGAUAUUGAUAAAUCUACAGCUUUGCACUUAAAAGUUAAACAAUAUGAUCAAAAAGCUUAUUCUCCAUCAAAAACCUCUGAUUUUGCUGAUAAAUUUUCACAUUCAGUUUUAAAUUAUAAACAUUGUCUCCAAAGUGAUCAUUCGUCAUUGAAAAACUUAAAUUUUGUUGAUAAACCUGUAUCUUCCACUUUAAAUAUUAAACAACAUAAUCAGACAGACAGAAUUUAUUCUACAUCAGAAAAUAUUAAAUUUGAUGAUAAAUGUGCAUCUUCAGCUUUAAAUGUAAAACAGUUUUGCCAAAAUGCAUAUUCUCCAAAGAAUUUUGAUUGUUUUAAUAGGCCUUCAUCUUCAGUUUUAAAUUCCGAACUGCCGCCCAGUCAAAAUAUAUAUUCUCUGUCAAAAAGUAAUAAUUUUAUUAAUAAAUUUACAUCUUCAGAUAUAAAUUCUAAACAGCAAUAUCAAAAUGUUUUUCCUUCUUCAUCAAAUAAUACCAGUAUUGUUAAUGAUCCUUCAGUUUAUAAUGUUAAACAAUCAGUCAACCAUAAUCCCCAUUCCCUCUCAGAAUAUGUUGAUUAUAAUAAAUCUUCAACUUCCUCUUCAAAUUAUGAACAAUCUAAUCAUACUGUUUUCUCCACUUCAAGUAAUCUUGAUUUACCUACAACUUCAGUUUUAAACUCUAAACAGCAUUAUCAGACUGCUUUUUCUUCAUCAAAUAAUUUUAAUUUAUUCACAUCUUCAGUUUUAAAUUUAAAACAAGAUAGUCAAUCUAUGUUCUUUCCAUCAGAUAAUUUAGAUCCAUCUACUUCAACUAUAAAUAUGAAACAGCACAACCAAAAUAUCCGUUCAUCAAAAAAUACUGAAUAUUCUGAUAAAUCUACCUCUUCUGUUCCUAAUUACAAAGAACAAAGUCAAACUGUUUAUUCUCCAGUUAAAAGUAAUAACUUUAGAAAUAAGUCCGUAAUUUUAAAUACUAAGUUUUGCAGUGAAAAUGUUAAUAUUCCAUCAAAAAAUGCUGCUGAUAAAUCUGUUUUUUCGGUUUUAAGUUUAAAACAACAUAAUCAAAAUGUUUAUUCUCUAACAAAAGAUAUCCCUGGGGAACUGACAACUUCAGUUUCAAAUUCAAACCAAUUAAACCAAAGUAUUUAUGCUUCAUCAAAACCUAUUAAUGAUGACAGUAAAUCUAUAUCUUGUAAUUCAUCUCAGGUAUCACAAUCACAACAUUAUUCAGAAACAGUUGUUCAUAAUUCUGUCAAUACAAGUUGCUCAAACUCAAAAAGUGAGAUAAACAGUGGUCCAAAUUAUUUGAAUGUUAACAAUGUAAAUUCUUAUCCUAUUUCUUCUUAUUUACCUUCUUUUCAAAAUACAUUUUUGAAUAACCCUGCAUUAUCAGAAUCUAAUUUAAAUAAAAAUAAUCAAAGUGAAAUAAUUAAUAAAGACACAUAUAAUAAUAAUAAUAAUAGUAUUAGUAAAGAGUUACCAAUCAACUGUACUUUAAGUAGUCAACAAAAUUCAUCUUCGGAAUCUUCCAUAUCUAGAUGUAUGCUACCGAAUAUCCAAAAUUCUGUACAUGCAAUCAAUCAAGAAAAAGCUGGACCUAAGUCUUACAUAAACCAGAAUCAAGAAUUUGAAAAAGAAAAAAUUGCGUCUGUUUUAAACGAGAAAACUGAAACUACUAAUGUCUAUCAUGCUUCACAAAAUUCAUUUCAAGCUAAUAAUGAAUAUCAAAUUUUGAAAAAUGAAACACCUUCAGAUUGUAAAGCAGCUCCAGAAGAUACAAUUUAUGAAGUUCAUUCAGACAGUGAAGGCAAUUUUCAAGAUGACGAGAUUGGUGGUGUUGCCAUAGCAUUAACUCAUGGAUCAAUAUUGUUUGAGUGUGCUAAGCAUGAACUACAUGCAACAACAGCACUAAAAAAUCCUAAUCGUAAAAAUCCAACUAGGAUUAGUUUAGUAUUUUAUCAGCAUAAAAACUUAAAUUAUCGCAAUCAUGGAGAAGCCGAAUGGGAGAAAAAAAUAGAAGCUAAACGAUUGGAAGAAGUUGUAAACAGUUCCACAAGAGACCUAUCAUUACCAAAUAAAAGAAGAUGUGAUGAAGAAGAAAAACAAUUAGAAAUUCCUCCAACUAAACAGUGUUUUUCUCAUACAACUAUGAGUUGGGCAACUGUAUUUCCAAUACCACCAUUAAUUGUUACAGGACCCUACCAGAAGUGGCUUUAGAUUGUUAAAUAUAUUGUACUAUAUUUGGUUUGAAUUUUUACUAAGACGACAAAUCUUUUAAAUGUUUGUAAAAAAAAAAAGAAAAUACAUUUAAACUGUAUUCAUAAAAAUGUAUA